UCAGGUAUUGGAAAGAUUCUUGUGUACAAAGUAACGAAGAUUUAUAGCAGUUUUUAUUACAAUUAACAAUUAUGUUAAUUAUAUUGAGUGUAUUUUUUGGUAUUAGUCUUUACUAUAUGUAUUUUCGACACACACGUAAACAAUUGUAUGCAUUUUCGGAUAGUUUACCGAGUGCUGGUAGUCUACCGGUGUUGGGGCAUUCGCAUUGGUUUUUGGGAGGACCAGAAAGAUUACUCAAGAACAUUAAACAGUUAUGUGAAACGUUGCAUGAAAUUGGAGAUGUUACCAAAAUUUGGAUUGGCCCUUCACUCUAUAUUGUGACCUUUAAACCUGAUGACAUCCAAAUAAUAUUAGAAAAUUGUCUAGAAAAGGACUAUUCAUACAAAUUUCUUCAAACGUGGUUAGGGAAUGGCUUGUUUGUUGCACCAGUGGAAUUAUGGAAAAUGCACCGUCGUUUAUUACUGCCCAUUUUCCACAACCACAUUAUCGAGGAUUACAUUGAUGUGUUUGGAGAACAAGGCGCGAUACUUGUAGAACGUUUACGUGACCGAGCGGGAGGGCAAGAAUUUGAUGUUCAUACUUACAUAACGUCUUGUAUGUUGGAUAUUGUCUUUGAAGCAGCUAUGGGCGAAAAAAUGGAUGUCCAGCACACACCUGACACGCCAUACAUGUGUGCACGUAAAUCUGUCAUGUCAGUUAUAAGUAUGCGACUUUUUAAACCUUGGAUGCAACCAGAUAUUCUAUUCAAUCUGACUCCCUGUUCAAAACAACAGAGAAUUAAUAUAGACAUCACACAUAAAUUUACUGAUGAGGUUGUUACUAAAAAACGAAAUAAGGUUGAAGAACAAAUCGGCAUGAGUGUCGACUGGAAUGAUAAUCAGACACGCAAAGACCUUCUAGAAUUAUUAUUAAGUAAUAAAUUAAAUCUUAAUGAUAAAGAACUCCGCGAACAUAUAGAUUCAAUAACAAUUGCUGGUAAUGAUACCACAGCAUUGGUCGUAUCUUACGCAUUGAUGCUGUUGGGGUGCUACCAAGAUGAACAAGACAAGGUCUAUAAUGAGUUAAAAAAUAUUUUUGAUGGAUCUUUACGUGCACCGACAAAAGCUGAUUUAUGUAAAAUGGAAAACUUGGAAAGGGUUAUAAAAGAAACAAUGAGACUUUAUACCGUUGUCCCUAUUAUCGGUAGGAAAACCCAGAAAGAGGUGAAGCUAUCUACUUGUACUGUACCAAAAGGUGUUGGCUGCGCUGUGGUUCCGUUUGUGUUGCAUCGAUCGAAAAAAAUCUGGGGUCCAGAUGCUGACUGUUUUAAUCCCGAUAGAUUUCUUCCUGAACACUGCGCUAAGAGACAUCCAUGCUCUUUUAUUCCAUUCAGUUACGGGCCUAGGAAUUGUAUUGGACGGCACUUUGGUAUGUUAGCUAUGAAAAGUAUUCUCGCAAGUAUAUUGAGAAAUUACAAAGUUAUUUCAAGAGGAUGCGAUACACUCAAAAUUGAAAUAUUGCUUUUCCCUGUGGCCGGACAUUUAAUAAGUUUGCAAAAAAGAAUAGAAUAACCCAACCGAAAUUUUAAUCGUGCGUUGCGGUGUUAUGAAACUGUUAAGUACUUUGGCUAUGGCUAUAGUCCGUAGACAUAUAUUACAUGGGACAACAUUUGGAAACCUUUUCAUUUUAAUAUCGUUUAGGUAUUUAAUUCUUACGUACACUAAAAUAUUGUCUAGUAUUUACCUAGGUACUUUAUUAAAACUUAAUUAUUUAUGAAAAAUAUAUAAAUGAUAUGAA